AUGUCUUGUCAGAAUCAUGAGCGUAAAAGGAUUUAUCAAGUCUGGCCCGGCAAAAAUAAAUUUUUAUGCGGGGGGAGACUAGUGUUUGGUCCAGACGCAUCUUCUCUUCUUUUGACCACAUGUAUGAUAGGAGGUCCAUCUAUCACUUUCUGCAUCAGAAUAGCUUUCUUGAUCGGACAUCGCCGCCCUUUGUUCCAUUCUCUGAUUUUGAUUGGUGCAACUCUUCUCACAAUCAUGGACUUCACGUUUCUCUUCUUGACAUCAACGAGAGACCCUGGUAUUAUCCCAAGGAACAAAGAAACUCCCUCUGAGGUUAUCACACAAUCACUUGAAUGGAUGAGUAACAAAGUAGGAAACACUAAACUGCCUCGAACAAAAUAUAUAAUAGUGAAUGGCUUCACCGUCAAGGUUAAGUUCUGCGAUACCUGUAAGCUAUACCGUCCUCCUCGCGCCUCUCACUGCUCAACCUGCAACAACUGUGUCCAAAGGUUUGAUCAUCAUUGUCCAUGGGUAGGUCAGUGCAUCGCCUUGCGUAACUAUCCGUUCUUCGUAUGUUUCAUAUCGUGUUCAACCCUCCUCUGCAUCUAUGUAUUUGUCUUCUCAUUGAUGAGCAUGCUUGAAGUCCAUGGCCAAUUCUAUGUACUCAUCGCUGAUGACUUGAUACUAGGUGUUCUUGCUCUUUACUGCUUUGUUUCCGUAUGGUUUGUUGGUGGACUUACUGUCUUCCACCUCUACCUAAUCUCUACCAAUCAGACGACGAGUGAGAGUUUUCGGUACCAUUAUGAUAAGAAGGAGAACCCUUACCGAAAGGGCGUCUUAAAGAACUUCAAGGAGCUGUUAUUGGGUAAAAUCUCACCACCUUUGGUAAAUUUUAGAGAUUGGGUGCAAGAAGAAGAUGUGGAGGUGGGUUCUAUUGCCUCAGAGGUGGUCAGAGCCUUUGGGUCUCCGAGACAUGGAAAUGAGCAGUAGCAAACCAGGUCAUGGUA